GCAGCGGCCAUUCCGGUUCCUCCUGUUCCCAGAAGGCGCUGGUGGUGCUGCGGGAAGGUCGUGCAGGGGAGAGGGUCGCUGGGCUGUCUUGUGGCUAUCAUGCUGGCUGCUAGUGUCCGCAGAUUUACCACCUCCGCCCUCCGCAGGAGCCACUAUGAGGAAGGCCCUGGAAAGAACCUUCCAUUUUCUGUGGACAACAAGUGGCGAUUACUGGUACUGAUGUGUGGAUUCUUUGGAAGUGGAUUUGUUGCCCCUUUCUAUAUAGUCAGACACCAGCUUCUUAAGAAAUGAAGAGGAUGGACUGUAAUUGCACUAACUGGAGUUGAAGUCUGUACACAGCAUCUUUCAAUGGAAAAAGAAUAGAUGGAUGUGUUUAAAUAAAAUCUUAUCCCUGGAAGGUCGUCUUGAUCUGUCUA